UUUCGCGUCGUUCUUUCCGUUUCCUUAGUCUAGUGUUUCAAACUUUAAUUUCUCUCGGCCAUCUUCACGCGCAACCCUUCCGUCCCCGAACAAAACGCGCGCGCGUCGCACGCGUUUAUAUUUGCACGCCGGAGCUCCGAUCCGAAUUCGCGUCCUUCCUCCUCCUCUUCUCCCCCUCAGCCCCCUCCAUCCCCAACACCUCCCCCAUUAUCUCGUCGCGUCAGGCCUCUCACGCCGAAAGCAGCCACCGUCGCCGCCGCCGCCGUCGAUGUCGAUACGCGAUCGUCGCCCGUCACGUCGAAGUGCACCGAGGACGAUCAGGCGGUGUGCAUAAAUGCCGAUUUACGAGGGCUCGCGGCGUACUUUUCUUUCAUUGAUUUCCCCUUCUGUUCCGGGCGGUGGUGCGAGAGCAGUAGCGUGAUAACAGUGCACACAUUGACGGUGGUGGGAGCGAUAAAACGAAGAAAGGAGCCGGAGGCUCGCGUAAGGGGCUGACUAGCUCGCACGGUGCUCGGUUUCGCGUGUGACAAGGAGAGGAAGAACAAGUGACAGGCGCACGUCAUAGAGAGAAAGAAAGAGAGAGAGAGAGAGAAAGAGAGAGAGAGAGGGAGAAUAGAAGACACUAACAGAUUUCGUACAUAGUUAGAGACGAUUCGUUAGAGGAUUGCAAUGAUGGCGAACGGAAUGGACACAGUCGUACAACAAAACGGAGGAUCUACCCUCGGACAGACCUCGCAGGAGGAGUCGAAGACGAAUCUCAUAGUAAAUUAUUUGCCGCAGAGCAUGACUCAGGAUGAGAUUCGUUCUCUGUUCUCCAGUAUAGGCGAAGUCGAGAGUUGCAAGCUAAUCCGUGAUAAGCUUAGCGGUCAGAGUUUGGGUUACGGUUUCGUCAACUACCACCGGCCUGAAGAUGCCGAAAAGGCUAUAAACACGCUCAAUGGUCUUCGUUUACAGAACAAAACCAUCAAGGUAUCGUAUGCGAGACCGAGCAGCGAGGCGAUCAAAGGUGCGAAUUUGUACGUCAGCGGCUUGCCGAAGAAUAUGGCGCAGCAGGAUCUGGAGAAUCUCUUCAGCCCUUACGGCAGAAUUAUCACGUCGCGAAUACUGUGCGACAACAUCACCGUACGACAGUUUGUGACCGGCGGCGGAGACAAUUUGCCCGGCCUGUCGAAGGGCGUCGGCUUCAUAAGGUUCGACCAGCGCGUCGAGGCCGAGCGGGCGAUCCAGGAGCUGAACGGCACCAUACCGAAGGGCUCGUCCGAGCCAAUCACCGUCAAGUUCGCCAACAAUCCCAGCAACAACAACAAGGCGAUACCGCCGUUGGCCGCUUAUCUCGCACCACAGGCCACGCGGCGCUUCGGCGGGCCGAUCCACCAUCCGACCGGCCGCUUCAGGUACAUUCCACUGUCGCCACUAUCCAGCACUGGCAAGGCCAUGCUUGCCAUUAACAAAGGCUUACAGAGGUACAGUCCGCUGGCGGGCGACCUCCUCGCGAACUCGAUGCUGCCCGGUAACACGAUGAACGGCGCCGGCUGGUGCAUCUUUGUGUACAACCUCGCGCCCGAGACGGAGGAGAACGUGCUCUGGCAGCUGUUUGGGCCGUUCGGCGCCGUCCAAUCGGUAAAGGUCAUACGGGACCUGCAGACGAACAAGUGCAAGGGCUUCGGCUUUGUGACGAUGACCAAUUACGAGGAGGCGGUGGUGGCCAUACAGAGCCUGAACGGCUACACUCUGGGCAACCGCGUGCUCCAGGUCAGCUUCAAGACGAACAAGAGCAAGGCGGCGUAGGACGAGCAACAGGCGGCAGCGGCGGCGAUGGCUGCGGCUGCGGCCGCGGCAGCUGAUGCGGCAGCGGUAGCGGCGCCGUACCAUCAUCGUCGCCAUCGGCUGCUACGUACUGCGGCGGUGGUACAGCUGCCGAUGCCGAUACCGGCGGGUCAUCUUUACAACAAGCGGGGACCCGGCCAGAUACCGGGGGGCGUUAUCGGUGGCAAUAACAACAUCAACAGUCACAUCGGCGGCGGCAGUGGCAUCUUUCAUGGAGGAACCAAGGCCCAACGGCAGCCGUUCCUUCAACGUCUACCGUCGCGCAUACACGAUCUCACUCGGGCGAUCGAGAUGGCCGUCUCGGGUGCGGCGAAUCCGGCAACGCAGCAGCAACAGCAACGUCAGCACGCGCAAGCCAAGCAGACCUCUCUGAAGAGCAAGCCCAACAACAAUCGUCAGGCCGGCAGCAAAAAGCUCCAACAGAGCGAGAAAGCGUAGUUGCGAGGAGUGUGUAUGUGCGUAUGAGAGAGAGAGAGAGAGAGAGAGAGAGAAAGGAUGAAAGAAACAAAGCGUAUACGUGUGAAAAUGAAUGAAGAGAAAAGGGAUUAUGAAGGAAGGGAGGAAAGAGAAAGGUCGCGCGAGAGAUAAUUAGGAAAAAGUGGGUAGAAUCGUUCGACUGUCCGAUACAUAACCGUGGAACUGUGCGUGUAGAAAGCUCGAAGGGAAAUAGAGGAAGGGUAGGAAAAAAGGUACAAUAUUAAUGACCGUCUCGAGUCCUCUCAUUAUCCUUCCGUUCCUCGCUACGCUCGCUGCAUCCUCCCGCGCUUCUUCUCUGUCGCGUUUCUGUGCUUGCGCUUGGUCGCGAUCGAGGAAAGCGAGAGCGAAAGACAUCCUCGGUGUACUUUAUUGACACUCUUAAAAUUGAAGGAAAUUUGACAAAGAGGAUGAGAGAGAUCGAAGCCGCGCUUUUGCCUGCUCGUGUUUUUCUCUACGAUCAUCCAUAUAGACGCCGCGAGAAUAGGAAAUUUUAUUCCUAGUCACUUUGAGACAUAAAGUCCUCUAAUUAUUUGACUCGCGAGGAUAUUCGGGAGGAUAAGAUGAGAAAACAGUAAAAAAAGGAGGGACGGAAGGGUGCGAGACGAGGCACGUGUUAAGUCUUACGUGGCUCUCGCACAGUGACCGGUCGCGGGUCCUGUAUAUACAUAUUUGUCGAUUUAUAUGUAUAUGUACGCGAGGGCGCUUGUGUGGACCACGUGGUGUCCGCGUGCGUAAAAAGGGGGGGACAAGAUACAAAAAAAAAAAAAAGGAUAGCUCGAGGAAAGAGGAAAUGCAGAGAGCGAGAUGCGAAAGGAAGAGAGAGAAAGAGAGAGAGAGAAAUGACUUUCCUUAUAUUAUGACAUUUGACGAUGCGUCGAAUGCCACCGCUGGGCACUUUGGCCAAUUUUUUUUUCUUUUUUUUUUCUUUUUUUUACUUAACGUACAUCCAUGACCGGAUUAGUCACGACGAUAUCGGGCUGUGAGACUGAACUACUCGUCACAAACACACAAGCAUACACACACACACACACACAUACACGUAUACGUACACUUAGAAGAACGAUCAAUAAAAUGCGCGGUAUUAAAUGGCGGGCUGUCGUAAACGAACAUAUUUCGGACUUCUCGAGACGCGCUUACGUGAGAUAAGACUCGUCGCGGGGAACACGUGGAUCACGUGACAGCACCUCGCGCUUCCUGGUCGCGAACGAAAUAUGAAAGAAAGUGAAUGGAUGAGAGAGAGCGAAAGAGAGAGAGAGAGAGAGAGAGAAAGAUAGAGGGGGAGUAUAAAAGAAUGAAACCUCAGAGAAACACUCACACACAGUGCUUAGUAGUAGGUGGUUAUACAUACUCGUUUUAUGUAUAAGUUUUAGAGAGUAUUAGCGUCGUGUGGAUGAGAACUAAAGAGAGAGAGAGAGAGAGAGAGACAGAUGAGGAAUAUAGAGAAAGUACUAACGAAGGAAAGGAAAAGAGAUUAGAAUCGAUUUAUUUCUGAAAUCCGUAAGAGCGAGAAACGGGUCUGAUUGUUAUCGAGGCUCGCAAAGAUAUCAAUUAAUUGACUGCUGAAUUAAUCGCGUGAAAAAGAUCGAGGAUUUGAGGGUGUAAAACGCGGGCAGGUGGGUGUACCGACGACGAUAGCAUGCGGAAUCGAAAGAACAGUAGAAAGAGAUGAUAUAUAUAUAUAAGAUAUUGGGGCAGGGCUCGCACUCACAGAGUUCGAAGGAACACGAUUUGUAUGUAUAACUUUAAGCCGUCGUCGAUUCGCGCGCGAAUCCUUGCUCGAUGAAGGACGCCGGGUCUCGGCGAGAGGCGGCAGGAUCUCGAACAUUAGUGCAAAUUGAAGCGUCGACAAGCAUUUAAACGUCGUCGCAUACACGCAAACUUAGUAACUCGCUGAUCAGAGGAUGUUCGAAACGACGAUUGGUCUCCUCCUCAUCACUUCUGAUUAUUACAACGCUAUUAUAUGGAUGUGUUGCAAAUAUAUUGCGGUAAUGUUUGUACGAAUAGUACGAAGUAGUUUUUCGAUUUAAUUUGCGUUAUUUAAAAGAAGCGAACAGUGAGUUUUAUAAGCGAUUUGAGAUACACUUUGUGUGUUUGUCGCGCAUAUAAGUCGCCACUAGAAUUAAAUGACGAAUGCUGACGAACAUGCGUUAAUGCCAUUUAAAAAUGUGCAUAUGGCCGGUAGCUAUAUAAUACGAGCAUGGAUACGUGAGAGAUGAAUCGUAUCCUUCACACAUCCUCUCGCAGCAUCCUCUCGAUAUCAGCGAGGCGUCCAUUUUUCCGGACGUUUUUCUCAUAUUGUGUACGAUUAUACACAUAUAUAUACAUACAUAUAUAUAUAUAUAUAUAUAUAUAUAUAUAUAUAUAUGCCAUUAUAACAAUUAUUCUUCUCCUUCUCUCAUUAUUACCGUAUUAUGAUUAGACUUAUUAUUCUGGUUACUAUAUUAUUAUCGCUAUCGUCAUCGUCUCUCAUUAUUAUUAUUAUUAUUAUUAUUAUUAUUAUUAUUAUUAUUAUUAUUAUUAAUUAUUAUUAUUACUAAUGAUCGUGUAUAUCUUCUGUGUCUCUUGUCUAGUAACUACGUGUAACCUCUAACGCCUCAUUACUUAAUUAAUUCUUGUAGAGAAGAGGCUAUAAAGAUAUUAUACUUUACAGUCACUCUUCACUUGCUCACUUUAACAUCGCUCUACUGUCGCCACUUUCUACCACCCGCUCUAUAACUAUUACAUUGCUACUACUUGCUGUUACCACCAUACUACUAUACUUACCAACUAUUUAUUUAUUUAUUUAAUUAAAAUUAUUAAAUAACAUAACUAUUAUGUUUUAUUUAAGGAUUAAACUGAUUUGUGUUUGGUUCAAACAAGUCGUUUGUUUUAUUUCUAUUAAAAAUGUUUCAGUUGCCAUACACAUUCACCGGAUCCCCCCCAUCUCCCGUUAUAUCACCGAUUUAUCCCUCCACCCCACUCUCAUCGACAUUCCACGAUCUCUUCUUUCCGGCAUUCCACGAGUUACAGACUGAUUUAAUUAGCGAUGUAAUCGACGAGCCGCUCGAUCUCGAUGCACGCGUCACGCUUAUGGAUCCUGGUUCGUAGCGUCUUUAUUAUUAUAGCAAUUACUAUUUAGUAGAAUCUCGCGAACACCGCCAUGAUGCGACCAGAUCAUUUGCGAGCCGCGAAUUGUUUAUUAUAAUUAUUAGAAACAAUCGCGUCAGGCAUCUUUUUCAGAACGAAAGAAAAAUUUAUAUUUUAGAAACUUUGGCGGCGUUCACACGAUAAUGCGUACAAUGCUGGCGUCAGACUAUGCGUGUAUUGUGAAUAGUAUAAAGAAAUUGGUUGAGUUAGAUGAAUCUUCCAUUUAUACUAUUUAUGAAUUAUAAACAAAUCGCGAAUACGCGCAUAAUUGGACGCUAGCAUUAGAGAUUAUUAUAUGUAUAUAAAUUUCAAAUUUUAAUCUAGUCAUUAAUAUCCUAUUUAAUAUUUCUGGAGUAUGUAUGUUCUCCAAAAAGACCCGCGACCGAAAUAAUUGCACUGUAGAAGAAUGACUCGAUGACAUAUAAAGUGGAAAAAAAUCAGAUCGAGUUCAGUGUCACGAUACUGUAAAAAUAAAUAUAGUUUCGUUACAUAUUCAUAGUACGCGAUAUCGAUCCUUCGCGAGGGGACGUAGUUCUUCGAUAAAUUAAUUCUAUAAAUCGAUUCAAUAUGCUUGACGAAAGGGCAAUGUUCGGAUACGAUCAUCGAAGUUAUGAAACGCAUUAUAUGGUUCACGGAUCCUCGUUGGAGAACGAUUCACAUCGGAUAAAAAGAAUUCGAACUUGUGGCAAAUCCAGUAAGAUGUCAAGCAGUAAGUUACUUGCGUAUCUUUCGCGAUCACAUAAUUCAGAGAGGAUAAACAAGCGACUUAUCCGUUUUAAGUAUCGACGAGUACUUUUGUGAUUAAAAUCUGAAAGGCGUCUUUCUCGAUCUUGAUCGAUCGUCUAAGAGAGAGGCGCUCGAGAUACAUAUAAGGCAUAAGAUAUAAAGAGGGAGAUCGGAUGCGAGGACCAAGGCGAUUGAGAAGGAAGCGAAAAUACGUUUGACGGGAAAAAAGGGCGGCGAUCGAAAAAGUGGUGCGAGCCCUACCCCGUUUUUUUAGGGGAGACGCAGACUCGCUCGCAACGAUUCGGAUGAGAUUUUACUAUCGUUGGCGUGAAGGACGUGAGAGGAGAUAGAGGCGAGAGUUCGAGAGAGAAAGUGCGAGAGAAAGAGAGGGAGAGAAAGAGAGAAUGAGCACGCUAAUCUACUUAAAUAUAAUAUAUUACAUACGAUUAUUACGUUAGAUAUACAUUAUGUGUAUUGUAUUUAUGUCUCAAUAAUCGUUGUUAGUUAUAUCGCUAUGAUGAUGAUGAUGAUAAUGAGUAUGAUAAUUACCGAUGACUUCGGAGAAGGGGAAGUAAAAAAAAAACACACACACGCGGAAUCAGACACGCAUACACACAGUACGUAUACUACCACACACACGCAACGCGCGCGAGCCUCAUCUGUGCGAUUGUUGAGGGAGGAAUCGUGAGGGAGAUUUUUUUCAAUUGAAAAUUAAUUUUAAGAUUUUAAUUUGCAUGAUUAUCAAAUUUUUAAUUUAUAUAACAAGUUUCUGUCUGUGUUAAAAACUUCUUUUUUAAAGAUUUUUUCUUGUCCCAAAAUUAGUAAAAAGAUUUGAUAAUGAUAUACAUGCUCUGCAUAUUUCUUAAUGCAGUUUGAUCGAAUCUCUCAUGCAUCUCGUCGAUCGCACAGACACGCUCGUAGGACGCGAGGACUUUCCCGACCACAGGAUCAAGGAUAUCCUGCAACAUCUCGAAAGAGACGAGAGCCUCGAAGUAGAUCGGUACAUUCGCGGUUUCUAACUGAUUUCUGCGAUGGACGAACGAUAUUACAUUUAUUAAACGAUUUACAUUUAACCAUUAGUCGCAUUAUCGAUAUUAUUGUACUACUAACUAGCGCUCGUACCCUCUUAUACUCGUAAAAAAAAGAAGAAGAAGAAGAAGAAGAGAGAAAGAAAGAGGAGAAGGAAGGGAAGGAAGAAAGGGCAGAGAUUGCGAGAGAAACGGAAAAACGCGUGUUGGAAAAUUAGUCUGUCGGAUGCGCGAUGAUGGAAAUUGGCAGGAUAGGCGGAAGAUUAAUAUCGCAAGAUUAAUGGCGAUUAUUAUUAGGACGUUCUCGCGGCAUCGUAUCCGAAUAAAAUGCGCACGCCGAAGUGUAAAGCCGCGUUGCAAAGUCCCGAGUCUCAUCUCAUAGAUUUCGUCCUGGAUUCGCACGAUUUUGUCGCCAUGCGACUUUAACGUAUCCCGAUUGAACUGAACUUGGGCGUGACUUCUUCGGGGUAUUCGUGAAGUACGGUUUCGCGGGAACUUCCUAUUGUGCUCGAUUCGUCAGCGAAGAAGUGGCCGGAUUUGCUGUCGUCGACGGGGGAAUCCCCGAGGGAUGCGCGCGAUUCUAGGAGCGGAUCCUCGGGAUCACUUCGACGACGGAUCCUUUGGGAGUAGCGCGGAUUUGUUCGCGGAGAGAACGGCAGUGAGGGAUGAGAGGUGGCUUGGCCGGAUGGAAGGCAAACCGACCGGAAGACGACGGUGGUGCGGUGACGAAGGAAACGGAUAGUAUCGAGAGCCCCGAAAAUCGUGUGAUUCGAGUUUACGUGCUCGUGAGAUUUAAGGGGCCCGUUUCUCGGGAGUUCCAUUAAUUUCGUUGAGAAUCUUCAUAUUCUUUGAUACAAGAAAUACGAAAUUUUUAAUGACAUAAAUUUCUUCUUACCCUCGUACUUAGAUCGUCCUGGAAAUAUUAGCAAUGCGCGGAUGUUGGAUUUCAUGAAAGAGGAUUCUGCUUAAUUUUCUCUCUUCGCUUGAAUAUAAUUAUUAAUAAUUAUUAAAAAUUAAAUAAUAAUUAUUUGAAUUAUCUGCCGCAUUAAUCACUCGCCGCAUUAAUCUUUUCAUAAUUUUCUUCAUAUCUCAUUGCUGAUAUUUCACGAUACAUAAAUUUUGGGAGAUUAAUCGAAAUGAAGCGGGCGCGAUGUUUAUUCGCCUCACAUUGUGCAAUAUAAAGUAUUUCGUCGAGGUGUGGCUCCGGGGAAAAAUUCAAAAGUGGUGCUGUAGUCAAAAACAUUAGCUUUUCUCGCGAACUGGCGCCUCGUCGAAAAGACAGCCCGAAUGAUUUAAACCUAAUGGAAACCAAUCGUAUGUAAUUAAGCGCAAUCGCGGCAGUCAUUGACGAAAUUAGUCGCCCGAAGCUGAGAAUGAAAUUUUUCGAAUGACAACGAAACCGACUUUUUUUUUUUUUUUUUCACCACAUUAAUCGGUCAUAGAGAUGGGAUUCCAGUAAUGGGAUCGUUUUGCGAAUGGUUUUGCUGAAAAUUCAAGGCCGUCGUAAUUUUCAACCCGAGAAGGCGCGCGUGUGCGAUGGAAAAUUCGUCCGAGGAUUUUCAGCGAAACUGUUUCCAAUAUGUCAAACAAAGUAGCGUCGCUGUAUGCUAAAAUACGCACAAUACGUCGUCAUUAUGUGGACGGCGACUUGUUUGUUAGUUGUAAAUCACGAAAUUGUCCAUAAAUCAUUGUCAUUAAUAUCGCAUCGUCAUCCAUCAUAAUCGUGGCAUUCAUCAUUUCAGACUUCCGCUUAAAGAUUCAUUCGUCGAUUCGAUUUUCACCCAUUGAUCAUCUCAUCGCGCCAUUAUGUAUUCUCAUCGAAAUGCCACGAUAUGUUUCAUCAAAUCAUUCACACAUCAUCACAAACACAUACACGCAUACACACAUUCGUAAUCAUUAUUCCAUUUCAUACAUUAAAUGCGGCAUAAUAAAUUUAUUACAAGACUCACAGUCAUUGAUUCAUUCACCCAUCGUCAUGAUUCAUCAUUAAUCGUCCUCCCUCGUAUUACGAAAAAGAAAAAAAAAAAAGAAAAAAAGAAAAAAAAAACAGAUGUAACGUAUAUAAGGGAAAGAGAGAGUAAGAUAUCAUUCGAGUAAUUGUACCAUCAUUAUAUCGUCAUUAAUGAUCGAAUAAACAUCGCUCGCCCUAAAGGGGACAGUUUUCUUCCGAUCCAGGCACCCUCUUAUCGUUCGAGAGAUAAUUCUCAUUUAAUCAAAGAAUGAGAAUUAUAUAUAAUCCACGAACUUUAAUCAUCAUCUUUGUGGAUCCCGCGAGCGCCUUUUGCAUUUUUUUUUAACACCCCUCAAUUCCGAUUUAAUUUCUAUUCUCGUAAAAGUUUCGAUAAUUGCACAUUCAUGUUACAAGUUAUAAUGUGCGACAACCUGAUCUUCUAUUAAUUAUUUUGAAAUGAAAUAGCAAUUUAUUUUAUGACGCGAUUGAUAAAUUUAAUUAUUUAUUUAAUUAAAUUUUUAUAAUGAUUUUUUGCGUAAAGCAUGCAAGCGGCACUUGCGGCAUCGGCAAUACGAUAUUGCGAAAGGGGUAGGUAAUUGAAAAUUGGAUAAUGCGAAAUGGAGUAGGGACGGUGCGUGACUUUUGUACGAACUCGGGCGUGCGCGCACGCACGCACGCACUUCUGACAUGCGUAUAUGCGGAAACGUGCGCGUGUGACGCGGCGAAACGUGAGAUGGGAACGGCGUCAUGAUGGAAAAACAGCAAAAGCAACUCUAGCUCAUCGUAGGCCUAACUAAGAAAAAAAUGAAAAGUAUUUAUGUACUGUCUAAACUAACUAAUUUAAAAAAAAUGCGGACGAAGAAAUGGAAGAAAGAGAGAGAGAGAGAGAGAGAGAUAGAAAAAACAGAUAUUAUGCAAAUAAAAGAGUGCAAGUGAGAGCGAGAGAGAGAGAGAGAGAGAAAGAGAGAGAGAGAGAGAGAGGGAGAGAGCGAAUGCGAGCGAGCGAAAGAAUGAGCGAGAAUGAGAUAGAAAAUAUUUAAAGUACUCGAGAAAUUAUUCCGAGGCGAGCCACAACGAUCCACAAAACUGAUAACUACUCUGUAACAAAAAAAGGGAAAAAUAGAGACAGAUUAGAGCGGAAGGAAGGAAACACAUCAGUCUAGAGAAUGAAACAGAGAGCAUAAGGAUAAAAAGAGUUGAGAGAGAAAGAGAGAGAGAGAGAGAGAGAGAGAGAGAGAGAGAGAGAGGGAGAAAGAGAGAAAAGAGAAGUAAUCUAUAAUCUUCUGUACAUGUUUUGAUAUAUUAUUCUAAUUAUUAAUUAUCUCAUAACUUAUAAUAACUAAUUAAUUAAUUAAAUUAAUUGAAUAUCUAUGAAACUAUAUUUAAACGACAAAAAAACGUGGUAGCUAGUCUGUCAAUGGGUGUAUAAAUAUUUAAUUACGAUAACUCUAUAGUGAUACUAAAAACAGAACAAAAAUCAAUUGCGCGAGGAUGAGAGAGCGCGGGAGAGAAUCUAGAGAAACGAUUGACGGCUAUUAAGAGAAGCGCAAGCGAAAGAAGGCAUCAAAGAGGCGAGAAUGACACAAUAUAUAUGACACGCUGACAUACCCACACAUACACAGACAGACACACGCGUACAAAUAAACAGUAUAAAAAUAUAAAUGUAAUUAUUAAACUUUAACGGGAAAAAAAAAAGCACACAAAUUUACAAGACGGAAAGUCAAGCGCGCGGAUAUUAACACGAAUAAUUUCGAGGUAAACGAAAAUAAAUGAUUCUCUAAUGAGUGUCCCGAAGAUUUUCGUUGUACGUUUAAUGGGACAAGUUUCACAGUGCAUCACGGGGUUAGAAGAGGAGAAAAGGGGGGGGGGGAAGGGGGGAGGGAGUUCUUCCGAUUUAUAAUCUUCUAUUUAAAAAAGUCGGGUCCUCCUCCGUGACGAAAAACAUUUCCUCACAGUUUUCACACGUCCCUGCGGUCUAAUUAAAUCGUUUUUACGCAACAGCCAUAAUUUGCCGCCGCUGUGUGUGUAUGCUUUUGUCGUAAACACUCCCUAUUUUGACAAAAUUAUUGUAAUUUCGCAAAUUACGCUGCUAAUAUUCAAUAUAUUUCGCAGGAUCGCAAUCGUUCUGUCGCUAAUGACGAAAGACAAGCCCGCAUGUGCGUGUGACAACGAUCAGCUGACAUAUAUCGUUAUUAUGUCACUCUUUAAUCGCGCGAUCAUCUCGAUCAGUAAUCGAUGCGAUCGCAUCGUCUUCUUUCCGAAUCACGAUGACGUCGAGAUUCGCUCGCUCAUCGAUAAGACUGUUACCGAAUCUCGUAUCAUAACGACCGAUUUUCGUAAUUCACGUUUCUAGUUAAGCGCUCGUGCGACAAGAGAUGGUUACUCAUACUCACAAUCAAUGUGUUUACUUACGCGUAGCGACUCAUAUUCGUCGACUAUGGAAUUCGAAGGAAGCUUUAUUGGAGGGAGGAAAAAGAAAACUGUAAAAUGAAAGUUUCGCUUCGCUUUCCUGCCGAUCUCGGCCGACUCGCUGGAAUAAAUGGCGGGAGAACUGCUUUGACAGAUGUCAGAGAAAAGUCUCUUUUGAAGGAAACUUUCUUUUUCGAACGAAACGAGAUUUAUCGCGUUGCUGCAAGGAUAAUUAAAAUUAUGCUCGAUCACUCUGUCUUCUAGGCAGGCUGAUUUAAAUUAAGGGAUUAGCUUGUCCUGGUUUACUUCGAUUCACAUAGUCGUGGGAGUGGACGAGGUUACUCGAAGCAGAAUGCUUAUUAUUGGCGUGAACGCGAGAAUUGAAAGCCAAUUAAAGAUAAUCUUCCUUCACGAACGUUCUCAUGAGCACUUCGAGGAAGCCCGGCAGCGAUCCUUUGUUCCCAAUCGAAGCGUACGAUUUAACGUUGAACACGGACUGUUCUCUAGUCCGUUCAAUCACGCUACGCGUGAUAAUCGAUAAAUUAUAAAGCGAAGAGUUUACACGUUUACCGUUAAAUAUUACGCUGAAAACAUACGGAUUUCUAUUACUUCGAGAUGUAUGCGUAGAAUAAUUGUCCUCAAGAUACUCGCUUGGAUUCCCGACGCGCUAGGCAUGGGUGAAAAUAGUAUUCGUAUAUCAUUUGCGCGGAUUAGAAUUUUUCAUCGAGACAUUUUUUUUUUUUUUUAAUGAACGCAUAUAUUGCUCAUCUCGCAUUCUCUACUAAGAUCUUAUUCUACCGGCGAGAAUCGAUAACGGAUCCUAUUUUCAUUCAAAUAGCUCAUGUGUAUCGCGAAUUAUAGAAUAAUAAUUAAAAGAAAAAUGGUUCCAAAGGAACGUUGUAAUUCGUAUAAUCGCGUUAAAAAGAGAAAGAUCGAAUUGCGAGGUUGCGAUUAUUUCGGCGUUUUCACCGAAAAUCAAUCGCUUCACUAUCGCGAGAAAAAAUAUAUAGAGAGUACUUCGAAAGUUAUAGGACUCAUUAGAAAGGAUGGGAUUGAUGUAUCUAAUUUUUCGACGGGAUAUUUGCGAGGUGCUUGUAUAAGUAAGAUCAGAGGCCAAUAUCGAUCUAUCGAAACAUUCCAUCCGAAUCCUGAGGAUUUUUGCGCGCGACAUAAAAGACUUCCUUCUCUCGUCUACGAUCUCGGAUUCCAUUUUUUUAUUUAUUUAUUUUAGUUAUUUAUUCCGCAAACGAUUUUCCAAACAGAUUAAUUAUCGUAAUUGUAAUUUGAAACGAUUUUAUUUUUCUAUUUUUUUUUUUUUUUUUAAUGACUACUCACAUAUUUCUCACAUUGUUUCUAUCAGAAUAAUAUUGCUAUUAUUUGAAUUAAUUUUAUUCGUAUAACGCUCGAGAGAAAUAGACGAGACGUUCACACACACAUUAUUGCACAUUCCAUAACGCGUGCAAUUAAUCCUCUGCGUAAAAAAAAAAAACCGCGCGAAAAUAUCGUAUAUAUAUACACAUGUACAUAUAUAUACGCGCUUUUGAUUAUCGAUUUCGAAUUAUAUACCGUACUACCGCCAAAGAUAUCCUCUUUAUAACAAAGAACGCAUAUAUUUCGACACGGGUUCGAAUGAAAGUUAGACGAAUAUCACCAGUGUUAAGAUAAAAACAUUUCUUCUUUUCGAGUAAAAAUGGCAUUGUCCGGAAGAAGAGUAGAAUCGAGGAAGUCCUCCUUGAUCAAACGUAACAAAGUUAUAUCUGUCACCUUUAAUAUUAAUUUUAAAUAAAUAUCGAAAAGCUAAUUUAAUUCUAAAUUCAAAUAUAUAAUUUAUAAUCAAUUUAUUUAAUCUUUAUUUAAUUUAUCUAUUAAUUUAUAUUGAAUAUAUUAUAUUAAAUAAUUAACUAUUUAUAUUAUAUUAAAUAAUGAAAAUAAAUUAUGUAUAUAAUAAAUAUAUAUAAUAUAUUUAUUUGAUUUUAAAUUUUAUUAAAUUAAGUAGCGUCUUUUUUUAUUUAAUCCACAACGAUUAUUAAUUUGCAUAAAACACUAGCAAGUGUUUUAUGCAAUCAGUGCAUAUCAGUUUAAUUUUAUGCAGAUGCCAGGCGGAAUUCCAAAAUAUUGAAAGCCUAUAACUGAAAUGAAAGUUGACUUUUCAACGAGCGAGUUACGUUUCAAGGAGAACGUCCAGAUAAACAAGCCGACAGUUACCAGUGUAAACAGAUAGUCGACACGAUCGAUAUUUUCCGAUGUAUACAUUGACGAGCCGUCGUUGUAGUCGUCGUCGUUUUCGUCACAACGACCUCGUGUUACUAUUACGAUUACCAGCGACUUUACCAUUACGAUAUUAUAUAACAUUGUAUGUAUAAGUGUUCAUAGAAAUUAUUGUCAGGCAGGCUAACGCAGUGCAAUACUACCGUUUUGGAUAUUUCCAAUCGCGACAUAGACGAACAGAGGCGAACCAUGUUAUAAGAAAAAAAAAAAAAAAGAAAUGAGUAAGGAAGCAAAGAGGAGCAUACAAAUGAAUCGUGAGCGAGAUUAUGGUUAGCAUGAAUCAGGGGGAGAGUCAGAGAGAGA